CACUCAUCCCCACCUACCGCAAAUAUGAGAGGAAACGCCGCUCAAGUCAAGGUUCACUUCAAGGGCAACGACGACGACUACAUUGUCUUUGUCGACUCAGCUCAGGCAGUCCGUGACUGGAAGGCCGACAAGUCUGUUCCUCUCGCUCAGGUCGUCAGCGGCUGGAAGAUCUUCGUUACCCACAAGCAAGGUACCACCGGUAUCCUCGACGGCGCCUCCAACAGCCAGCUCGACAACGAGUUCGGUACCCACAAGGAGGAGGAUGUUGUUCAGCAGAUCCUUGAGAAGGGUGACAUUCUCGAGACCGAGAACUCUGCCCGCAACGGUGACAGAAACAUCACCCAAGGCCCUUCCGUCGGUCACUAGACGUGGCAUGAAGACAUAGUCUCAGCACCCCGCCAGCGGUAGCGACGCUUCAGAGAACGCUUUCACUCUUCCCGACGCCGUCAAGGGCGUCAUAUUGGUUGGAAACAUUAGCGACGUGUGUGUCACUGACACUCUUCCGCUGAAUACCCAGCACAACUGCCUUGAAUGGCAUGAAAUGCAUAAGUCAUUGAGAUACCACACGAAUGAAACGAAUUAUUAUAAUUAA